AUGGCCAGCGAAGACGGCGCAGGGCAAACCGGACGGGUCCCUGCAGGUCUGAACUGGUGUGAAUGGUACGAAAAAAUCACAAGUCCGUUAGUCUUGAGGACCGUAAUCUUGUGUACACUCACAGCGUUCUAAAACGGGGUUUACGCAAAAAGAGAUGGUACGAUUUUAUCUCAAGUCCGCAAAUCUCCGGAGGCGUUAUCUAGCUUUAAUUUUUUCUUUUUGGUCUGUAAUUGGUCUGUACCCAAGAGUACCGUAAUCUCAAGGCCCAUAAUCUCCGAAACCACUUAUCUCCGAAAACAAAAAACUUCAAUUUUCUUUCUCUGAUUUGCAUUUUAUUAUUAUUUUUUUUCUUGCGUUGUGCUCAGAAUACCAUCUCCGAUCUUUUUUUUGUUUUUUCAAAUCCUUUUUUUUGUUUCUAUGCACUUAAAUUUCUAAUUGAUGUUUUUAAACGUGUUAGAAAGUUUUUAAAGUGUCCAUAGCUCGUUAAUGUGCCGAAACGUUGUUUAUUAAAGAAAAGACUGUUUUUAAGAGACAAAACCGAAAAUCGAAAUUCCAACUCCAAGAAUCGAUCAAAAUAUUAGUUCCCAACUAAUAAACAAGAAAAAAAAGCUGUCAACGUCCGCGCAAAAAAGAAAAAUUUCGACUUGACGAAAAAAUUUAAAAAAAGGUGUAAUUGGUCUGUACCCAAGAGAAAAUACCGAAAAUCGGAAUUUCAACUCCAGGAAUCGAUCACAUUAUCAGUUUUCAAUUACUUAAACAGGAAAAAAAAAAGAAUACAAAAUCAAACCUGAGUUAAAAAUUUCGACUUUCGUGAACAGAACAAUUAUGUAGUCCUUUGAACCAAUCAAACCACAAGAAAAUAAACUGCGAAAUUUUAAAAGAGUUAUAGGAAAUGACUAGCAACACUUGGAAACUAUAAAUGUUAGGAAAAAAAUGUUAGCCUUCAAAUAAUCAAAAAAUCCGGACUCUUAAUUACGACGCGAAAAAACGAUUGUUAGCCACGCCCACUCAUGCAACGUCCGCAUGCUUUUCAGAAAAGGGGCGGGAACCCCGCUUUAGACUCAGGCACUGACGGCGCGUGUUUGUUGCCAAAAGUGCGCAUGCGCGCCGCCUGCAAACGCUCUUUUUGCGAGAACUCAAGCUCUCCAACUUUGAAUUAUUUUUUCUCCGAAACUAGGAAGUUCGGUGCGUUUCCAAGAUCAAUGUUCGAUUCGCAAUGAAAAGCUCUACAAAGUACUGCUUUGAACUGAACCACCGUUUUUUACUGCCUUAUGCCUUUAAAUUUCUUCAGGGGAGCAUGCACAAUGCCGUGUUCAAAGUAAUUUCGCGAAAUGCAAAAUGAUCUGACUCUCCAAAAUUUAGUUAUAUUUUUCUUUCUCUGACGGCUAUUUUGCAUUUCGCGAAAUUACUUUGAACACGGCACAAGAAACAUCAUAUCUGACGGGCGGAGGUAGCGUUGAACGCCGUUUUUUUGAGCAAUUUUUAUAAAACGGUAAGUUAAGCAUUCUAUAGAAAAAAUUUGCUUUUUUUUCUGAAAAACACUUCGAAUUUUUCAAAAGUAUUCAUAUGACGUGUCCAGGCUUGUGUCCGGCUGAGUGGCCCGGGCCGGCUUGUCCCGGGCUUUGAACCUCAUUUUUUUGAGAAGAAGCAUGUGCGGGUUUAGGCCAGGCCAGGCUCCGAAAAAGUUUCACUUUUUCAUUUUAAAAAAAUUGACACCGAAAAAAAUUAUUUCUACUUUUUUUCAAUCACAGUUCCUAUUGAAUUUGGAUACUAGCAAACAUCGUAAUAUUUGUCGUAUAUUUUAGACUAGAAGAGACUUUGCGCUUUUUGGACCGGGUCGGUGUUUUUGCUAUAGGCCUCGAUAGGGCCGGCUUAGAAAAUGGCCGAUAGACUGACAAGCCGCGCGCACAAGUCUGCAGACUUAAAAAUAGUACGACGCUUCAAAUUGCGCCCUACCGCAAACCUCUGCUCCAUUGCCAAAAUUUUCAAAAAGAUGACAAAAUAAAUUCUACCUUUCUUUUUUUCAGUUUCUAUGUUGUAUUUGUUAUUGAUCGUUUGAACUAAAAUUUCAAGCUUUUAGACAUUCUCAGGCGAACGGCACAAAAGUCAUGGGAAAUUUCAUUAAAAAAAAAAAAUAGAAUAGCCCCAGAAUGAAAGGUUGAAAACGGUUUGGCUCAAGAUUUAUAAAUCAUACACAUACUAUGGGAAAUUUAUAUAUACGAUUCAAGAAUUAUUUUUCUUGGCUCUGGCGUGAGCUCAGUGUAAAAUUUUUUUUUCGUUUUAUUGAUUCGGGAUAGAAGUUUCAAUUUAUGUUAAUAUUUUGAGGAAUUGUCGCUUCAUUAUGGGUGACCACUAUGGAUUUUCGCUUACGACUUUCAGGUUCGGGUUUUCUAGUUCCAUUGGGGAUAUUAUUUUUUUGUAGCCCGUCCGGAAAGUUGAUGCAAAUUGAAUAUGCGUUAAACGCUGUAAAAAACGGGCAGCCUUCAGUUGGAUUGAGAGGUAUUGUAUUCCUUUUUUAAUUUCACGGAACGACAUUCCGUUUUUCCGCUGUGUGCUUUCGCGAAGCGUCUUUCGAAUCUAGGUCACGCUCUCAAUUGAUUGUUAUUGAUGUGGGAGCACAUGAAAGUAGACUACCUUAAUUUAAAAAAAAAAUUAAAAGCGCGACCAAGUUUCGCAACGGCGCGCAGCGGCACAACGGAAUGUCGUUUGGUGAAAUUCCAAGUCGUGGUACACAGACUAUAUCCCUCGAAUUUUUUCCAUUAUUAUAGUGCGCCCGCGCCAACCACAGUAAACAUUUUUUUUUUGCAACUUUGAUCCACAAAACGGCGAAAAGGCAGAAAAAAUUAAAGUUCUUAGAGCGAAGUGUGAUCAGUUUUGAUUUAAUUUGGCAUACGAUCUUUCUCGCAGAGAUGAAAACGGGACAAGUUGGCGCGGAAUGGGUCAUAUUCGACAAGUUUCUUUUAGAAAUUGCUCAGAAAUGCGGCAUUCUGCUUCUAUUUUAUCCAUUGAGGCGCAGUUUUCAAAUAAUAUUUUUAUAUCUUCAUAAUAAUGACGAAUUAUUCUUCUUUUUUUAAACAGCACUUUCGAACAAAAUUAUAAAGAAUAUUUCCAAGUUAAGUUUGGUAUUAAAAUUUUCGGUGUGUUCGAAUUUUUAUAAAAACAAAAAAAAACUUAAGCAGCGCAAUUAGGAAAAGAUGAAGAAACACGAAAAUAAAUUUCGAAAUUUUCAAUCAAUUAAAAAGCCGAAAAAGGAGAGACAUUCCACCGGCGCACGCUCUUUUUGCAAAAUUUUCGCCGUCAGUCCCGGGGCGAUAAUGUUUUAAAAACACAUUUUCAGCCAAAGAUGGAGUUGUUCUCGCCACAGAAAAUAUGGCCUCCGUCCUUCAUGACGACCAAGCAAAAAUUGAACAAAUCAGCAAACAUAUUGGUUGCGUCUACAGGUUAUAUUUCACUCAUACCGAAUUUUUUCGUUCACAAUUGGAACUUUUGUAGUGGAAUGGGUCCUGAUUUUCGUAUCCUGGUCAAGAAGGCGAGAAAAAUCGCCAUGGAGUACGAGCUAAUGUACGGCGAGGAAAUGCCGACCACACAACUGGUUACACAGCUCGCCGCAGUUAUGCAAGAGUACACGCAAUCCGGGUACUUUCAUUUUUAGUAUGGAAAAAAAUUUAAUUUUCUAAUCGAAACUUUUUUUGAGAAUUUCGAAAAAAAGUCGAACUUCUUCAGUUAGUCUUUCAUUUGCUUAAAUCCGUAAAUGUUGUCUUCCGCAGUUGACAAUUGCUUUUUAACUUGGGAAUAUGGAAUAUUUAUUGUUUGAAUAUUAUGUAGAGUUACGAUAAAUAUAAAUAAGUAAGUUUUGAUUAAGCAGUUUUUUUUACAGCGGAGUUCGUCCGUUCGGAGUAUCCUUGCUGAUCGCUGGUUGGGACAAAGAGCCAGGACGACCACUUCUUUUCCAAAGCGACCCAUCUGUACGUCCACCUCACGCUCUCUUUUGUAUCAAGUUCGUCCUAGGGCGCCUAUUUCGCGUGGAAAGCGACAGCGCUGGGCAAGAACGAUGUCAACGCCAAAACUUUCUUGGAGAAGCGGUUCAGUGAGGCUCUCGAACUCGACGACGGCAUCCACACGGCGCUUCUGACGCUCCGCGAAUCCUUCGACGUUGGAAUGAGCGAAGACAAUGUCGAGGUAGAGGUCGUUGAGAGUGACUUGUGGAAAACUCGAAAACAGAGAUGAAUUAAGAACUCAGCAGUUUUAUCUGGUCCGAAACAAAUUUCUUUGUUUUAUGAUCUUAAAAAAAUAUUUCACAAUUUUUGUUUGGUUUAUUUAAAGAUUACUGAUGAAUCAUGAGGUAAUUGAAUAGUUUUCAUCGAAUCGCGAAAAUGUCAUUUACGAAAAAUGGAUCUCGCUUUCUUGGGAUAGUAUUAAUUAUAUGCGUUUGAUUUCCAGCUGCUUCUCCAUGUAGAAACAGUAAGACCUUUAAAACAUAUAUUUUUUCUCAAUAAUCACGAUGAAACCUAGAAAAAAGCAACUUCUCACUUUUAACCAUUUUAAUCGUCUUAUUUUGAGGUCGCGAUUUGCAACCACACGGGCUUCCAUCGCUUGACAAAACAACAAGUUAAAGAUCAUCUUGGCACCCUUUAAUUUUCUUUUUCCGCUGAGUUGUGGCGAAUUCAAACGUGUUUUAAAUAUUUAUUAAAUGUUUUCAUCUCGGUUUUUUGAAAUCAAUUCGUUGUUUUAUUAGGAGAGACCCGGUUCCCUCCUUUUCAGUGCGAUUGUUCUCAUCAACGCUAUUUAUAACUAUGAAAUAAAUUUUUGCUAACUUGGUUUUUUUUUUUCUCAAAAGUAUUAUGCGGUCUCCGCCCGAAGAGAGUUUCGUUGUCAAACAAUUUUUGGAGAUUUCAUUUUUGUUCAGGUUCUGCUUCAUUUCAUUAUGACAACCCAGCCGAGGUGAGUAUAUCAAACACUUUCUUUCGAAAAUGGUUAAAUCUGAGGUUUCUCCCGGACGCUCAAGUUGAAAACAUAGCUUAUUUUUUCAAAAUUUUUUGAAAUGUAAUCAAAAAGAGUUUCAAGAAAAAUUGAAAAAAAUCUUUCCAAAAUUUCAGAUUUAUUAUUCGUUUUUUUAAAUUUGAGUUUUCACUGUUUAUAUCUGCUUUUUCGUCAUCAAAUAAAUUGUGCAGGUUCGACUGGUUCCAAACGGAGAGCGAGGUGACGUUGACGAUUCUGAAGCGCGGUGCCGUGCUCGCCGAUUGCAGCGUCUCUUACAACGAAAGAAAUUUGUUGGUCCGCCAUCAAGAUGACGUCAUAUUCUCUGGUUGCCUCUUGCAUAGUGUCAACAGCGAAGAAUUCACCCUCUCCUGCACUCCUUCCAAGGUCUGCCUCUCAUUAGCGCGCUGUCCUACUGGCUAAGACGCCUCAACGCGGCCAAAGCUUCGCGGGUUCGGUGCCAUGCUGUGACGGAAUGAUGAGUUCUUCGGACAGGUGGAAAAAAUCCACUGAUCCGAAGGACUUCAAUAGGCCGAGUGUUAACGGCUUCAAGUCGUGAUGACUAGAAAUAUUGAGAGCGAAUAUGUCUGACCGUUUUCCAGCAACCAAUAAAGCACCUAAAGCGUACAUAUUAAAAUAGUUUUUUCAUUCUUUUUUUGUUUGCAAACUAGUCCCGGUUCACUUGAAUUUCUGAUCGAGUGACUGCGAAUUAUCAAAUUACUUUUUCAGUGAUAUUUAGAAUGGUUGGCUACUUUAUUGAGUUUAAUCCUAAACAACUUUUUUCAAGUUUAAGGUGGAGGUGAAAAUGCCGAAGAAGACUGGUGUUAGAUGGGCUUCGUUGACGGAAACAAAGAAAGUGGAAGAUUUUUCGACCCCGGCGACCUCGAAAAAGAACUGGGACGCUCUUGUGAAAGUUGGUUUUUUCUGACAUGUUUAUAACAUGAUAAAUGCAGCUUCAUAAAAAACUAUGAUGCAUAUUAUCUUUUAGCGCUCUCUCAAUGUUUAUUCCGUUCCUUGUGUAUUUUAUGACUAGUUUUCCAACUUUUAAAGAUAGACAAAUCGGAUAAUAAAUACUAUAAUUUUCAAAAAUUGACCGUUCGACCAAUAUUUUUUCAACAUGUCAUAAUAAAUGGUCAUUGGUCGAACGGUUGGAUUUUCAACGUUUCAACAUUCACUUCAGAGUGACAUGUUGGUUUUUGACCGUUCGAAAUGUAACUUCGAAAUUGGUCGGUCAUUUUUUGACCGUUCGAAAUUUCAUUUCAAAAAUUGUUUGAUAAAUGAAGAUUUAUCGUCAGAAGCGCUCCAAUGAGAAGCAUCUAGUUACCAAUGUCUGCCCCAGAGGUGGAGGAUUGGGAAGGCAGCCCUUGGCUUGGCGGCCAAGUCAAGCCAUUUAGCCAAAAGAUAGAAAUGAGCCAUUAUUUACGUGGUCUUUGGCAACUAGGUCAAGUACGUGGCGAUAACGCCCUGAACUAAUCAUUAUUAAUUUUGUGAAUUUUGAAUUGUUUUAUUUUCCGCAACUUCGUGAUAACGUUUUUAACUUACUGUAACAGAUAUUUCAGCAGGAAUUUUCACUCCGACGGGUCAGUAGGCUACAUUUUCAGGCUCACUAGAAUUACUCGGACCAAAAAAUUUUGAGAUGCCAUGAAAUUGAUGCAAAAGUAUUUCUUUUGAUUCGACUGUGUUAACCGACUUUUUUCCCUUAUAUUUUUCGGUUUAUAAAGCAACUAUUAACAUUUUUUUCUAUUUCUUUUUGUGUUUUAAUCAUGAAUCAACUAUCCACUUUAUGUAAAAAGAUUUAAAACGAAGAGUUUAUCUAGAAAAAAAAGUCGGAAAAGGGUUAGUCGGAAAGUUCCUAAAAAUAAAAAAUCGUUAUGUUCGAAUUUUUUAACAAUUAAAACUUCUGAUUCCUUUGUGUACGCAAGUUCCAUACAUUGCUCAAAACAAGCGCUUCUAGAUGUUAGGGCGAUUUCGCCUUACAAAUGACAGUCGCGCCACGUUGACUUUUGAAAAAGUCAUUUCUGCCUUUUGGGCGUUUAUGGCUUGGCAGGCAGGGCGGCCAGUGGGCAGCCAUCCUCCACCUCUGAUCUGCCCCAUGGAUAAAGCCCCUCCUCAUUUUUUGACGUUCGAAAUGUCACUUCGAAAAUGUUCGGUCAGUUUCGUAAAUUCGAGAAACUGGUCGGUCAGGCGAACGGUCAGAAGAAUGACAUGUUAUAAUCGUUCGAAAACUGAACGGUCAAAUCAGUUGAACGGUUUAAUUGGUCGAACGGUCAAAUUUUAGAAAACUAAUAUAUACCCUGCUUAUUCAUGCUAGCGCAAGCCCAAUUGUAUUGAGAAGAGCUGCCUUCAAAAAAGGAGGGUGUUUUUGAAGGAAGAAGAAGAGGAGGCAGCCGAGGGCGACGAGGCCAUCACCAAAAUGUUCCAGAAAAUCUACAAAGACUCGCCUGAUGACGUCAGAAGAGCCAUGAUGAAAAGCUACCAGUGAGUUUCAUUUCCAAUUCUAGAAUUUCCAUUCAUUUAGAGAGUCUGCUGGUACAGUUUUAUCUACGAACUGGGCGGAAAUCGGCAAGAAGAAGGUGGAAGUUCAGCCGCCAGAUUGCAUGGAGUACAAAAAGUUUUGA